ACCGCAACGACGACUAAAAACGGGUUCGCAAGCGUGUCUUAUUGGCUGUUCAGUGCCUGUUGCCAGAAGUUUUUUCUUGUGCGCCCAUGUCGAAGAUCCACUUCCGGGUUGACGCGCGUAUACGUUGCUUGUCGGCCUCUUUUCCUAUACGACGCUCUGCUGUAGAAACUCUGGAAACUUGCGUCAGCCAGCCGCCGAGUCGGGGGGGAGGGAGCGAAAAGAAAAGCCAAAAGACUCCAAUGAGGACACGACCUGCGCGAAAGCAACCCGCCGGCGGACGCCUUUUGCGCUCUCGUUCAUUUUGGAAUAGAGCGUUUGGACUCUUUGUAAAGCUCCAGCCGACUGUCACGAGGGGGUCGGGGGGGUCGUCUGUCUGCUUAGCCACGAGGUCGAGGGAAAUAUCCAGCGUGCUCCUGACAUCAAUUUGUCGGCGUCAAUGUUCACGCAGAGCAAAGUGCAAGGUCCCCUCCGAGUAGAGAUAUGAGCCGCGGCCAACUUUAACCAACCGCUGCCAUCCGUCGCCUCCGAGCUCGCUGUUGCUCUGCCUUUUUUUAAACUCUUUUAACUUGCCGAGUUGACUUUUUGUUUGUUUGCAACCAAAGAUGUCGUGCCGAUUCCUGGGAGUAAUACGAAGAAAUGGGCCUGCGAGCGUCAGGCCGGGGCUUCGCUCGCUGGCUUCCAUCCCCUCGCUGCCCCCCGAGGUGGCGGACUUUGUGAAGAGCGCGGCAGAUGAGUGCAAGCCCGGCGGCGUGCGGGUGGUGACGGGCACGCCCGAGGAGACGGCCCGCAUCCUGGCCGACCUGGAGAAGGAAGGCAUGGUCAAGAAACUGCCCAAAUACCACAACUGCUGGCUGGCGCGCACGGACCCCAAAGACGUGGCUCGGGUGGAGAGCAAGACGGUGAUCGUGACCAAGAGCCAGAGAGACACCAUCCCCAUCCCCGCCGGAGGAGCCAAGAGCCAACUGGGCAGCUGGAUGAGCGAGUCCGACUGGCGGAGCGCCAGACGGGAGCGCUUCCCCGGGUGCAUGGCAGGUCGCCACAUGUACGUUAUUCCUUUCAGCAUGGGCCCGGUGGGUUCCCCUCUCGCAAAAUAUGGCGUCCAGGUGACCGACUCGCCGUACGUGGUGGCCAGUAUGGGCAUCAUGACCCGCGUGGGCACGCCCGUCCUGAAGAAACUGGCCGAGGGGGUGGACUUUGUUCGCUGUCAGCACUCUUUAGGGCGGCCUUUCCCCCUCAAAGCUCCGCUGGUCAACGCGUGGCCCUGCAACCCAGACAAGGUGCUGAUCUCUCACCUGCCCGACAGCAGGCAGAUCUUGUCGUACGGCAGCGGCUACGGCGGAAACUCCCUGCUGGGCAAGAAGUGCUUCGCCCUGCGGAUCGCCUCGCGCAUCGCCAAGGACGAAGGGUGGCUGGCGGAGCACAUGCUGAUCCUGGGCAUCACCAACCCUCAGGGAGUGAAGCGUUACGUGGCAGCGGCGUUCCCCAGCGCCUGCGGCAAAACCAACUUGGCCAUGAUGAAACCGUCUCUGCCGGGCUGGAAGGUGGAGUGCGUGGGCGACGACAUCGCCUGGAUGAAGUUCGACGCGCAAGGAAAGCUGAGAGCCAUCAACCCCGAGAACGGCUUUUUCGGCGUGGCCCCGGGCACCUCGGACAAGACCAACCCUUACGCCAUGAGCACCAUCGCCAAAAACACCGUGUUCACCAACGUCGGCGAGACCAGCGAUGGCGGCGUAUGGUGGGAGGGCCUCGACCCCCCCGCGGCCGGCGUCACGCUGACGGAUUGGCUCGGCAAAACCUGGAAGCAAGGAAGCGGCACGCCUUGCGCCCACCCCAACUCGCGCUUCUGUGCGCCGGCAGCUCAGUGCCCCAUCAUUGACCCUCAGUGGGAGAGUGAAGAGGGCGUUCCUAUCGACGCCAUCAUCUUUGGUGGCCGCAGGCCGCAAGGAGUCCCUCUGGUUUACGAGUCCUUCAACUGGCAACACGGCGUGUUUGUUGGGGCAGCAAUGAGGUCUGAGGCCACGGCGGCCGCCGAGCACAAAGGAAAGGUGAUCAUGCACGACCCCUUCGCCAUGCGGCCGUUCUUUGGCUACAACUUUGGCGACUACCUCGCUCACUGGCUGAGCAUGGAGACGCGAAAGGCCCCCACGCACCUGCCCAAGAUCUUCCACGUCAACUGGUUCCGCAAGGACCCCGCCAGCGGCGCCUUCCUGUGGCCGGGCUUCGGCGAGAACUCCCGAGUGCUGGAGUGGAUCUUCAAGCGCUGCGGUCGGGAGCGCCACGACGAGGGCGCCAAGAAGAGCGCCGUGGGCUGGUUGCCGGAAGACGGCGCCAUCGACACCCGGGGGCUGGGCGCCCACGUCGACAUGGGCGCCCUGUUCGAGGUGCCCCGGCACUUCUGGCAGAACGAGACCAAAGAGCUGAGAGCCUACUUCAGCCAGCAGGUGGGGGCUGAUCUGCCCGCUCGGGUGGAGGCUGAGCUCAAGGCUCUGGAGGAGAGGGUUCACGCCCAAUAAAGCCCGCGGCGAGUCGGCGACCACCCGCUUAGGGGGGGCAAACUUCCAAGACCAACGCAACCUUGGCUACACCCGCCUUCACCGAUCCGAGUGCCUAAUUUCCGUUGAGUUCAAAUUGUAAUCGCAUGAUAUCACUCUGCUUGUAUUCUGUAGAACGGAUGUAGUGUGGGAAGCGACAGCGGAUGAAGCUACCGCUACUUUUUUUUUUUGCUAGUUAUGCCAUUUGAUUUGUGCAGGUGUACCUAAUGUUGUGGGUGGUCGCUGCGUUUUGAAGAACAGAAGGGUUGGCCUGGCCUAAACAAAACAUUUGUGCCUUUAAGAGAUUAGCUAAAUGGAGGCCAUCUUUCUGUGUGUGUGUGUGAGUGACUGAAUGAAAAGCCAACCGAUGGCUUGUGCCCAACCUCCUCUCCGUGGAGAGAAAUUUCUUCAGGGGCAUGUGGCAGAAAAAGCUCAUCAUUGAGUCAUGCAAAUACCUUCCUCGCGUACUUGACAACAAUUCUGCUGUUGGUGCUGGGAUGGAGGCUGUAUCGCUCCUGCCAUCUUAAACCACAAGAGAUGGAUCCACAUCCAUCCAUAUGACACGCAAAUGUUUACAAGCUGUAACCCAAAGACCUUUGUAUCGAAACAAAACGGAGAUAUAUUUUUGUGCAGGGUCACAUUGGGUCGAGCCCGUAAAGAUGUUUUGAAGAGCAUUUUUACGCCGGCUCUUUGAAAAACCUUGAAGUCCCGCGCGACAUCUGCUCCUACACAAAAUCUUCAUCAUCGUUGAUAUGAAAUGCUUUUAUUGCAUCAUUCCAGGUGACUUGAAUUGUAAAACGGACCAAUGAAUGCAACUGUGAUCGAGUCUUUUCUGGGUAUUAGUUAGGCAAUGUUUUUCCCCCAGUACAGUGCAAUGAUAUCUUGUAAGUGCCUCCAAGUCAUUGUGGCAAAAAAGAAGAAGAAAUGCAGUCAAAUGUGCCACAUAAUAAAAUAAUUUUUAAACGAG